GCAGCGCGCGCAUUAAGAACUUUUCUUAAGACUUUUUGGAAAAGUUCUGGGCAGUCACUGCGGGCUCCCCGAGUUAAGUGGUGCUCCUGGAUACGCCACUCUUUUACACCCUAGUUCUUUUAUUUUAAGCCCUUGUAAUCAUGUCCGACGAAGAAGAAGUCUACUCUGAAGAAGAGGAGGAAGAGGAAGUCGUCGAGACGACCACCACUACUACCACCAAAGUCGAAGAACAAUCGGGCGAUCCAGAAUUCAUCAAAAAACAAGACCAAAAGAGGUCGGAUCUGGAUGAGCAGCUUCGCGAGUACAUCGCAGAAUGGCGCAAACAACGUGCCAAGGAAGAAGAUGAACUCAAAAGGCUAAAAGAAAAGCAAGCAAAGAGGAAAGUCACUCGUGCUGAAGAAGAGAAGAAAAUGGCCGAGCGUAAGAAGCAAGAAGAAGAGCGCCGCAUUCGUGAAAUUGAGGAAAAGAAACAGAAAGACAUUGAAGAAAAAAGGUUGCGCUUGGAAGAAGCAGAAAAGAAACGCCAAGCUAUGUUGCAGGCAAUGAACGCUGCCAACAAGAAGGGACCCAACUUUACUGUUACCAAGAGAGACCCCAACGAUGCCAACCUUAGCCCAGCUCAGGUAGAAAGGAACAAGACCAAAGAACAAUUGGAAGAAGAAAAGAAAAUCUCCCUUUCAAUUCGUAUCAAACCUUUGAACAUCGAUGGUUUAGGUGUGGACAAGCUCAGAGAAAAAGCCACCGAACUGUGGGAGUGUAUCGUCAAGUUGGAAACUGAAAAGUAUGACUUGGAAGAGAGGCAGAAACGUCAAGAUUAUGAUCUUAAAGAACUUAAAGAAAGACAAAAGCAACAGCUUAGACACAAGGCCUUGAAGAAGGGCUUGGACCCUGAAGCCCUCACCGGUAAAUACCCCCCUAAAAUCCAAGUAGCCUCAAAAUACGAGAGGCGUGUAGAUACAAGGUCGUAUGGUGAUAAGAAGAAAUUGUUUGAAGGUGGUUAUGAAGAAAUUGUGAAAGACAUGAACGAAAAGACCUGGAAAGAAAAGUUUGGACAGUUCGAUUCCAGACAAAAAACGAGGCUCCCCAAAUGGUUCGGAGAGCGCCCUGGUAAGAAGGCCGGCGACCCCGAAACCCCCGAUGGUGAAGAGGAAAAACAGGCCGUUGAAGAUGAUGAAGACCUGAAAGAACCCACUUUCGAACCUGAGCCAGAGGAGGAGGAAGAAGAGGAAGAAGUCGAGGAGGAAGAAGAAGAAGAGGACGAAGAAGAGGAAGAAGAAGAAGAAGAAUAGAGAAGGGUUAUUAUUUGUAAGCAAUGGCGUUAACUGUACUUUGAGGGACAUAACUAAUUAUUAUUUUUUAAGAUACACAAAAUCGUCCACAGAUCAGACCUAUUCUUACUAUCUACGAUAUUAUUUAAUUUUAGGUUAUGUACUAUAAUUAUUAUGUUUCCAUUCAAUUAUUUAUUAUUUAACUCUGUUAAAAAUAAAAUAAAGUUAUAUUUGUAAAUGUGUCUUAA